AUGUCGCAAGUUCCGCGAGGGAAUAAUGAAAGCUCGCCAACCUCCUCUAAGAAUCAGUCCGGAUAUCCAGCCAAUAACGGCCUCAUACCGCGAGAUUAUUUAGCUCGAUCCGAUCAACGCCCCGGACCUGCUCCUGGUUCUCGACAUAUCACACCUUCCCCGUUGCAUACAAGUUCCCUGCCUCACUCGUACUGUGUCGACGGCUCCGAAUCAUCCCAGAGCCCCCUAUCUCCGAAAUCCGGCCACCCUCCUUCCUUCCAGAAUCGGCCGCCAAUCACUCGUGUGGCCAAUGCACCAUACUCUGCGCCACCCUUCAGCACUGGUCAGAGUCUGUCGCAAUCACCAGAAAUGGAAGGAACAGAAUCGGUGAAUUCUAGCAGAAGGCCUGGCGAGAGUAAUAUGCCCAAAUCUUCCCGUGCGCCAGAGCCCGAUCGAUCUGCUUCUUCCUCGGUCAGCUCUAUACAUUCGAUGCCGGGAGAUCGCGCACCCAAUCGUGCCAUGCCUCGCACCUCGUCGAUUGACUCUGCUAUUUCAUCCCUGUCCUCCAACUCUCAAAGGUCGGCUUUUGAUGUCAAUGCCCUGAGUACAGCCGACAUUAAUAAUCUCAUCAAUGCGGCUGGAUCUGCCGAGGCUGUGAUUAUGCACCUCCUGAAAGAGAAACACCAAGCGGCCUCUCAGAACGCGCAACUUUGGAAAUUGGUUGACAAACAAAGGACUUUAAUCCUCGGCCUUAACAAGGAUCUAGAGCGUGCUUUCCAAGAGAAGGAUAAAUAUCGCAAGAAGCUCAAAGAUAUACAAGACGCUCCGCCAUUGCCCGUUGCUGCGCCCUUAGCCACUGUGGCCGUACCGAGCAGCGACAGCGAGAAUGCGUCGCGCAAACCUGACCAACCAUCGAUUGUCCCACCACCUGAAGCCUCUCGGCGGGGCUUCGAAAACACCACAAGCCCAGUCUCUGCCGCAAAUCUCCCUUCCCCAGUAGGAGAUGGAAUGAGCAGGUUUCCGCACCCAAAUCGCAAACCACCACCUGCGCCUCUGAAUCUACGACAAGCAGACAAUUCAAGGGAAUCUUUAGCUUCCGAUUCCGAUUCCGGUUCCGAUUACGGUGACGCCCAGGAUAUAGACGGGAUUCCAAGUGGGGGCCGUGGGCGGAGAAAGACGAGAGAGCAGGACGACAAGGACCGCGAAGCUGCGCUGCAGAAGGAUAUGGUUGAGUCUAACGGUUCUAUGGGACUGUCUCAGACAGCGUCCUCUCACAGCUCCCGGGAUACGGCAACGUGUAGCCUGGAAACGGUCCCCAGGGAGAUUUCUACGAGAUCACCGCCAGAUGUGGGGGAUUCUAAUUCACUGGGGUCGCUUUUGGGCUCUCGGUCGCCCCCCGCUUCGUCAUUUAAUGGGCGCUCUAUUGCUGCCAUGCCCAUGAGCCCUGGACUGCCUUUGAGCCCGAGACCAGAAGAUCGACCCAUUAAUUCGCCCAUGCCUCGCAUGCCACGAGACAUGUCCACUUCCACGGCGGCCGGGUAUCAGGCUCCAGGAUUGCCGCUCUCGCCAAGAAUGGCAAACCACCCCACGGGCUUUGCUCCCAUCCCUUCUGGACGUCCUAUCCCAUCGAUCGAUCCCACAGUCAUGAUUGAUAGCCCGAGAUCUACAAAUUUCCCCGACAAUCAAAUUUACCGAGGAUUGAUGUCUGAUGAAUAUCAAGGCCUGCUUUUGCCUCCCAACGCCCUUCCUCUGGUUCAAGUCAGAGUAUCUUCGUCGCGCCUUCGCCCUUCCCGGAACAGCUAUAUGGUGUCCAGGCCCCUGGAUGAGGAGCCUGUUUUUACUCUCAGUGUGAUCCUGCGCUCAGAAAUGUCAGAGCUAUGGCGAGUUGAAAAGGUCAUUGGUGCUUUGCCACAGCUGGAUCAGAAAGUCCGACAAUCUUCUCAGUUCCCCGGAAAGCUACCGGAUAGAAGUAUUUUCAGCGGACACUCCCCUGCUAAGGUUGACGUGAGACGCGCCGCACUGAAUGCGUACUUCGACAAACUUUUGGACACUCCAAUGGACGAGAAUGCCGCACUAGCUAUCUGCCAAUUUUUGACAAGUGAUGCCAUUGAGCCUCGAGACGACGAGACAAGCCUGCUGAAGGGUCUCGCCCAGACAAGACCCGAUAUGCCACGUGGACCAGACGGAAAGCCUCAAAAGGAAGGUUAUUUGACCAAACGAGGUAAGAACUUUGGUGGUUGGAAAGCCAGAUAUUUUGUUCUCGAUGGGCCCGAACUGAGAUACUACGAAUCUCCCGGUGGUCCGCAUAUGGGUACUAUCAAACUUCAUCAUGCCCAGAUCGGCAAGCAAUCGCCAAAAGCCACCGAUAAUGCUUCACCUCAUGGGGCCGAGGAAGACUCUGACAACCAGUAUCGCCAUGCGUUUUGCGACGAGGAGCGUGAUACAUGGGUCGAUGCUCUCAUGGAAUAUGUUGAGAAUGCUUCUUCCGACAAUGAGGGACGUGGCAGCGUAUCUUCUAAAAGUCAGCCGCAGUCUCAAGAUGAAUCAUUACAGCAAAAGCAACUACUCUCCGGAGCCGAGGCCAAAUCUAAAAUGUUCAACGGAAACAAGAGAUCCGGCCGAGGAGUUGAUAGUCCCGACCAGGAUCUCGGAGGCUCUGUGCAGGGUUUCAGCUUUGAAGACGCAGUGCAAGCUGAUCCUCCGACUAUUGGUUCCACUAUCGAGCAAGCUCCUCGAUCCCCACGACUCCCGUCGGCUUUGUCGACAGAGUUCAGGGACAUGACCAUGUCUUCUCCCGAUCAGACAAUGCAGUCUCCCAGACUGAUAUCUAGGCCCACCAACGGCACAGUCAUCCAAGAUGUGGAAGCCUGGGGCAACAAAGCAAAGACAUCGACGAAAGAAAAGAAACGCAGUAUUUGGGGGUUCCGCACCAGGUCCUCUUUCGAUCUUGCCGCCCAGGCCAGCGGCGAUAUAUCAGUAGCAAGCAACAAUGUUGAGCGGACAGGUCCUGUUAGACCUGUGUUCGGUAUACCCUUGGCAGAGGCCGUACAAGAUUGUGGACCGCCAGGCAUUGAUGUGGAGCUGCCGGCAGUGGUUUACCGCUGCAUUGAAUAUCUCCAUGCUAAGGAAGCAGCCUUGGAGGAAGGAAUCUUCCGUCUAAGUGGUUCCAAUGUGGUGAUCAAAGCUUUGAAAGAACGUUUCAAUACUGAAGGUGAUGUUGACUUCGUGUCUGGAGAUCAAUAUUACGACAUUCAUGCUGUGGCUUCUCUCUUCAAGCAAUACCUUCGAGAGCUCCCGACGACGGUUUUAACCCGAGAACUUCAUUUGGACUUCCUUCGCGUUCUUGAACUUGACGAUCGCCAAAAGAAGGUCGCUGCCUUCAACUCUCUAGUGCAUAGAUUGCCUAGACCCAACCUUGCGUUGCUCCGGGCUCUAUCGCAGUUCUUGAUCGAGAUUGUGAACAAUUCCGAUGUGAACAAGAUGACGGUCAGGAACGUGGGCAUUGUCUUUGCCCCAACUCUCAAUAUUCCAGCGCCAGUCUUUUCGAUGUUCCUCACGGACUACGACAGUAUCUUUGGGGAUACUGAUUCGAGCUUUGCCAAGCCGGCUACGGAACUGACAGUUGAAAACACACUGUCGGCCGAUGAUAUUCGUUCCCCACGUCAUCAAAUGUUCUCGGAUCUCCCUACGCCUUCGUAUCAGCAGACUUCGUUCCAACCUAUUAGUAACGUGAACAGUCCUUCCGAUGACCCCAGAACUCACUAUGAUACUGGCUUCACCCCGAUGCAACAUAGCUAUGACCAACCGGCGUCGUCCAAGCAUGAGCAGUACAACCAACCUGCGGGUGCCGGCGAUUCGUAUUCUUCUUUGAAUGGCAUGUUGGGGCCUAGCUCGGAUGACACUCGCACAGCAAAAACGAAGCGACGGGAGAGUUCAAUGCUCUUUAUGGAUGAUCCUUCCAUCUACCAGGGCAAGUGA